UGAUUUUGUUCGAUUGGUAUUUAAUCUCUCAAUGAAAAUAUUAAUUUGAUGAGAUCCAGUUUGUUUUUGAAAAAUUUAGCGAUUUUUCUUUUAAAUUCUCAGAGAUUGUUAUCCCAUCGAUUGGAUGGAAUUUUGCUCCUAACAAAUGAUUUAGAUCUUCUUACCAUUAAAUCGAAUUGAAAUUUCUGAAAGGAUACAAAAGGGAAGGGUAUCUCUUCCAAGAAUAAAUUUAGGGGGAAUUCAUUUGGAAUGUGGCAGAAAUGAUUCGUAUAAAUUGGGAGUUGGGUUUUAUUAUCGCAAACAUAAUCUAGGAUCAUAAGAUUAUGAAGAUAAAGCACAAAACUGCAAGAGUAAAAAGGUGGAAUUCAAGACGUUCAAGAUACUGUUUGAUGCCAGUUUCUCCAACUGUUCGAACAAUGGCGCUUAAAUUCGAGGUUUUGGGUCGGUGUAAUCGUGCUCGUGCAUCCAAACUUACGCUUCCACACUUUGAGUGUCAGACGCCUCUAUUUAUGCCUGUUGGAACACAAGUUAUUCAACAAAGUUACUUGUUAAAAGGCACAAUAAAGGGUUUAACGACUAGCCAACUCGAAGAUAUCGGCUGUCAUAUAAUACUUGGAAAUACCUACCAUUUGGAACUUCGUCCUGGUUCAGAGUUGAUUGAUGAACUUGGGGGCCUGCACAAUUUUAUGAACUGGCCAAGAGCACUACUUACGGACUCCGGUGGCUUUCAAAUGGUCUCUCUGUUGCAUUUAGCUGACAUCACUGAGAAGGGUGUGACGUUUCAGUCACCUGUCGAUGGAAAGCCAAUGCUCUUAACACCUGAAGAAUCAAUACAAAUCCAAAAUAGAAUUGGAGCAGAUAUCAUUAUGGCCCUUGACGAUGUUGUCAAAACCACUAUUACUGGUCCACGAGUUGAAGAAGCUAUGUAUCGCACCAUACGUUGGAUAGACAGAUGUAUAGCUGCUCACAAGAGACCAGAUGAGCAAAAUUUGUUUGGUAUAGUACAAGGAGGUUUGGAUCCAGAUCUCAGGGAUAUAUGCGUUAAAGAACUGGUCAAGCGCAAUUUACCUGGCUAUGCUAUUGGUGGUCUUUCAGGUGGCGAAGAAAAAGAUUCAUUUUGGCGUGUUGUGGCUCAGUGCACUGCAGCUUUGCCCGAUGAUAAACCCCGAUAUGUUAUGGGUGUUGGAUAUCCUCUUGAUAUUGUUGUGUGCAGCGCAUUAGGUGCCGACAUGUUUGACUGUGUAUAUCCAACGCGUACGGCUCGUUUUGGAACAGCUCUUGUACCCGAGGGGUUGCUUAAAUUAAAGCACAAAGUAAUGGCCAGUGAUAUGCGUCCCAUCGAUCCAGAAUGCACCUGUAUGGUCUGCAAGAAGUAUACAAGAGCUUAUAUUCAUUCUCUUGUUACAAAAGAUGCUAUGGGAUCUCAGCUUGUAUCAUAUCACAAUUUGUCUUACAUGAUGAGGCUUAGCAGGGACCUACACAUGUCCAUAAUUAAAGGAUGCUUCCCAGAGUUUGUUUGUGGCUUUCUGAAGAAGAUGUUCCCCAAAGGUGAUAUUCCAGAAUGGGUCUGCGAUGCUAUGGAGGUUGCCUGUAUCGACAUCUCUACUUGCUGUUUUCCGUCCAAGGAUUAAGUCUACACAAAUACAAGUAAUACUACCAGUAUACAAACAGAAUGUACAACAAUUUGGCCUCACAACUGACGUUCAUUUGGUCGACAGAAAGAAGAAAAUAGUCAUCAAUUAGAAUUAGCUACAGGGCAGCAUCAAUUUUGUUCCACAGCUGCUGCUAGAAUAGCACAACUAUACACUCCUAUUAGAAAUUUUAUGAAUACAUGAGGGCUCUCUAAUUUUGUACCUAGUAUGUUGUUUAAACCAGGAUAGGCUUAGUUAGGGCAUGUCUUAUAUUUCUGAAUUUGUGAGAACAUACUAACGCACACUUAGUGUUCCCACAAAGAGGAUAGGACAAUUUAAAAUUCCCACUAAAGAGGAAUGGACAAAAGAAAUGAAAUAAUGGAAUCAUCUCAUUUCUUGUA